GGUCUGGGCAGCCCAGUGUCCCAGAGUUUGGGCCAAGGAAUCGGGUGCAUUGGAGUCCUGUCGGACCCGAUCCUCUUUUGGGGUUCCCUGAGCCGCUGUGUUUCGGCACGUUGAGUGCCCCCACCUAAUAGAGCCUCUCAAGCCAGGGUCCCCGGUUGUGCAUGCCACUGCCCUGCCCAGAGCCCCACGCCCAUUCUGCCACAGCUGCCUUGUCCGACGUGCUCAGGCCUGCCAUUGGAUUCUUAGCUACCAUGGACCUGUUGUUUGGGCGCCGGAAGACGCCAGAGGAGCUGCUGCGCCAGAACCAGCGGGCUCUAAACCGUGCCAUGCGUGAGCUAGACCGGGAACGACAGAAGCUGGAGACUCAGGAGAAGAAAAUCAUUGCAGACAUCAAAAAGAUGGCCAAGCAAGGACAGAUGGAUGCUGUGCGCAUCAUGGCAAAAGACCUCGUGCGUACCCGGCGCUAUGUGCGCAAGUUUGUAUUGAUGCGGGCCAACAUCCAGGCUGUGUCCUUGAAGAUACAGACGCUGAAGUCCAACAACUCCAUGGCACAAGCCAUGAAGGGCGUCACCAAGGCCAUGGGUACCAUGAACAGACAGCUGAAACUGCCCCAGAUCCAGAAGAUCAUGAUGGAGUUUGAGCGGCAGGCAGAGAUCAUGGACAUGAAGGAGGAGAUGAUGAAUGAUGCCAUUGACGAUGCCAUGGGCGAUGAGGAAGAUGAGGAAGAGAGUGAUGCUGUAGUGUCCCAGGUCCUAGAUGAGCUGGGACUGAGCCUGACAGAUGAGCUAUCAAAUCUCCCCUCCACGGGAGGCUCGCUCAGUGUGGCUACUGGCGGGAAGAAGGCAGAGGCUGCAGCCUCAACCCUAGCUGAUGCAGAUGCAGACCUUGAGGAGCGACUCAAGAACCUGCGGAGAGACUAAUCACCCCUACUGCUGGGCAAGUGGCCGAAGAGAUGCUGAGUGUCUUUACCAUGCCCAUCUGUAAUAAAUGAAACUAAAUGCUA